UCAAAUUAUACACAAAGAGGAAUACUAAGAGCACAAAUGGCACUGACAAACAGCAUUUUGUUGUCUUUAUGUUAAAUGCAUGUUUUGACUAACAGAUGUGCGGUCUGUGAAUGUGUGUGUGUGUGUGUUUGCAGGGUGAGACAAAGGUGCUGAAACUGAAAAACCUCCGUCCACAAGACUUUGCUAAUUACACCUGUCAGGUGUCCGUCCGGAACGUGUGUGAUAUUGCAGACAGCUCGGUCACCUUUCGCCUUACCAACACCACCACACCCCCUGCUCUAAAGCUGUCUGUGAAUGAGACGUACGUGGUGGACCCAGGCCAAGAUGUCACGCUGUCGUGUGAGGUAACGGCGGGCUUCCCCACACCCACGGUCAGCUGGUCACGGUACCCUGGAUCCCUCCCUCAGCGGUCCAUGAUCCGAGGUGGGUCCCUCACUCUUCGGUCCGUCACUCCCGCUGAUGCCGGCAUCUACAACUGCACAGCCGUCAAUAAUGUGGGAAACCCUGCGAGAAGAACCGUCAACCUCAUUGUGAGAACCAUGAAGAACUUAACGUUCCAGAUCACGCCAGACUCCAACAAAGACAGCGAGAGCAUACAGAUGGGUCGAGACCUCAAACUUUCCUGCCACGUUGACGCCCAGCCUCAGGAUAAGGUGAACUACACCUGGUACAAGAACGGAGCUCUAAUCUUCCCGACCGACAGCCUCAUCGUGCUACGCAGCGACCCAGACAUGCCACCCGGUACCAGCAGCCUGGAGAUCGUGGACAUGAAGUUCAGAGAUCAGGCCACCUACAGCUGUGUAGCCAACUUCCCCGGGAGCAGCGUUCCUGAACUGCGAGUGGACGUGAACAUCACGCAGAGCAGCGUCGUUCCUCCUGUUCUGAGUGUGCCAGUCGGAGGAGGUGUGGUCAAUGUCAGUGAGGGCGGGACCGCAGAGCUUGUGUGUUUAGUCGAUGGUAAGCCCCGCCCACCCGUUCUGUGGUCCCGUGCAAACAAGGACCUGCCCAUGCCGUCGGGGGAUUGGGUGGUGGAAACACGCGAUGGACGUUUGCGGCUGACCAAUGUGACACGGGACAUGAUGGGAGCUUACCGCUGCCAAACCGCUCCUUACAACGGCCUAAACAUCAAACGCCGACAGGCUCAGGUGCAGCUCAACGUAGAAUAUCCUCCUGUUGUGGAUCCAGUCCUGCUGGAUGUACGUUCUCAAACGUUUUCGACAGUCAAUCUCCGAUGCUUGAUUCUCAAAUCCAAUCCUAACCGAAUUGCCAGCGCCCGCUGGUAUCGCAAUGGGUUGCUCAUUCGAACCCCAACAGUGGACCCUCAAAGUGUCCCUCAGCUUCGCUUUAAACUAGACACCACUAAUAAUGGCACUUACGAGUGCAGAGUGAGCAAUGGAGUCGGGACCUCAACCUGCACCUUCAUUGUGUCUGCUCAGCCGUUUAAUGCAGAGUUUUACUACGACACUCCAAACCCCAUUCGCACCUUGAAGAACAAUUAUUCCUACAUCCUACAGUGGACACAGAAUGAGCCUGGCGCUGUGGACAAAAUCAUCGGCUACUGGAUUAAUGUCCAACAGAACCGACAGACAGUUUUGUCCAAACAGAUCACAACUAAAGAGCCUGUGAAAGGUGUGUUGAUGUCCUACACACUGACGGACUUGCGUAUUCCUCUGUCAUAUGAGGUCAGCCUCACUCCCAUAACCAGCUUCGGCACCGGAAACACAGUCACGCGCAGCAUCCAGUACUCUGAGCCCUACACUUACCCAAGACCUUCAGAUCACGUGUGUGGAUUUGAGGACAUUAGGAUAUGUGGGUUCACUCAAGACCGCAGCGAUGUGUUUGACUGGACCCGACAGAACCACCUCACACAGAACCCCAAACGGUCGGUUAAUACAGGGCCGGAUACAGACAGGAGUGGGACGAAAGAAGGUUACUACAUGUAUAUUGAGACGUCGCGGCCACGUCAGGCCGGGGAUCGAGCUCGUCUUCUCUCUCCAUUGUACAAUGUUACGGCAGCCCGAGGACCAACAGGGACCACCAGAACCCCCUACUGUGUCUCCUUCUACUACAACAUGAAUGGAAAACAUAUCGGUACUCUCAAUGUUCUGAUGAGGGUGAAGAGCAUCGCCACUGUGGAUUCUGCCAUCUGGACUCUCUCCGGACACCAGGGCCCUGAAUGGAGGAAGGCAGAUGCUGAGAUCUAUCCGAGCGGACCCUUCCAGGUGGUGUUCGAAGGUAUCCGUGGAAACGGCUUUGAGGGAGACAUCGCUAUUGAUGACGUUUCUGUUUCCAAGGGGAAAUGCAAACAAAAGGAUAGCGUGGACAAAACAGCAGUUCUGUCUGGGACACACCAGAGUCUUCACCUUCUUCCUAUGAUCGUCCAGCUGCUUUGCACCAUCUGUCUGACAUUCCUCCUCAGAUGAUACAGAUACCCCUCAGCACACACACCGCCAGCAUAGGACACCCCCCGCGGCAGCAAUAAGAACUGCCCCAACACGUGACCACCCUUCCGGCUAAUGCCUCCUUCAUUUCCUCCUCUUUCUCAUUCCCUUUGUCCUAGCUUCACACCUCAAGUCUUCUUUUUCUUUGGUUUCUCAUCAUCUUUGUGGUCUCUUGUUGAGCUUAUGUUUGCUCCAUUGUUUUUUUUUUUCCAUUUCUCUCCAUAUGUCUUGACAUCUUCAUCUCAGUCACCCCUGUGUAUGGAUCUGACACAUCAAAGUGUCAAUAAUUACCAAAGAUGAUGGAGGGCUUACAGGAUGAACAGAUGGCUGAAAGAGCAACACGGACAACUUUUCCCCAAAUGAACUACUGUUCAAGUCUCAAGUGCAAGGAGAUGUGUUUUCCUUAAGACACUAUGAUUGCAAGGAAUAGCGUGAGCCAGAACGGAUGAGUGAAACAGGUGGUCAUGAAGCUACUGAUGACCUGAAUGGACCUGUACAUGCACGUGUACAUGAUAUAUUGGAAAGUAACAAGCUACAGAAAGGACAAACAGACUCCAACUGUAACUUCUAGGACUACGACAAUGUGAAACUAAAGAAGCACAAAUUUAUAUCUUUUUUUUUUUUUGGUUCCUUUACGUGGUAUUCCGUCAGUCUGGAUUUGCUGUACACUUCUUGUCCUUUGGCUUUCUUUAGCAGCCACUGCUGAAUUGCCGUUUAGUUUGUUAUGGGGUAUAAUUUGAUUUAGAAAACGACACAACGUGAACUUUGGACCAGAAGAGCAUCAGUUACCUCACCCUCAAUAUACAAGAACCAUAAAGCACCUGGACAACUUAUGAGAACGAUAAUGUUUAGCUUCAGUCAAACUGUCGGGAGAGUGUUGACUCACUGGGUCAGUCGUUCUCAUUCAGCAAUAGAACCGUACCUCUGACUGCAAGGGAUAUGAUUUGGGCACACAUACUCCAACAGAUGGAUGCCUCUGGACAGACAAACUCCACUCUUGGCUUUGAUGAUCAAGAAUGUAAUUUUACAUAGUGUCAGAGAAAUCACAUGUACCUGCAAGCUCUUCAAGGGUUUGCUAUUGACACAUUUCAGAUGUAUUUUAUUUUGGAAGUUUUGAGAUGGCAAUCAAACAGUGUUGAUGUGACAAGUUGAUCUAAAAGACAAU